AUGAAAUUGGAAUUUCCAGAAAAUAGCAGCAGAAUUUCCUCCAGCUUCCUGCUGAGUGGCAUUCCCGGGCUGGAGCACUUGCACAUCUGGAUUUCCAUCCCCUUGUGCCUUAUGUACCUGGUGUCCAUUGUGGGCAACUGCACAAUUCUCUUUAUCAUUAAAACGGAGCCCUCUCUCCAUGAGCCUAUGUACCUCUUCCUGUCCAUGCUGGCGCUGACUGACCUGGGGCUGUCUCUUUGUACCCUCCCUACAGUGCUGGGCAUCUUUUGGAUUGGGGCACGAGAUAUUGGUCAUGAUGCCUGUUUUACACAACUCUUUUUCAUUCAUUGUUUAUCCUUUCUGGAGUCCUCUGUGCUACUGUCAAUGGCUUUUGACCGCUUUGUGGCCAUUUGUCGCCCUUUGCACUAUGCGUCCAUUCUCACCAACACUGUCGUUGGCAGGAUGGGCCUGGCUUCUCUGGGCCGUAGCGUAGCACUCAUUUUCCCACUGCCCUUCAUGCUCAAAAGAUUCCCCUACUGUCGUUCCCCAGUGCUUUCUCAUUCCUAUUGUCUCCACCAGGAAGUAAUGAAAUUAGCCUGUGCAGACAUCAAAGCCAACAGCAUCUAUGGCAUGUUUGUCAUUAUUUCCACGGUGGGUUUAGACUCACUGCUCAUUCUUUUCUCCUAUGUGAUGAUCCUGCAUGCGGUGCUCUCCAUUGCAUCCAGGACCGAGAGACUCAAAGCUCUUAACACCUGUGUCUCCCACAUCUGCGCCGUCAUCCUCUUCUACACCCCCAUGAUUGGCUUGUCCGUGAUCCACCGCUUUGGGAAGCACGCACCUCAUCUUGUCCAGGUGAUCAUGGGCUUUGUGUAUCUUCUCGUGCCUCCUCUGAUGAACCCCAUUGUCUAUAGUGUCAAGACCAAACAGAUCCGGGAUCGAGUGACCCGUGCUUUCUGUUGUUAG